AGGUCCCAUUCCAGAGCACUGUUACACGGUGGCCCAGGAGGUUCAGAGUAUCCUCCUGGCCAGUGUCUUGUUACCAGCUGCUGAGACUUUUGAAAACGGAAAGAGAGGCCACCAAUGCAGGACAGGUUAAGUGCUCCUAGACCCAAGGUCCUGCUCUCCAAAUUGCAGCUCCCUAGAGCUCCUGCAGGUAUGUGCCAAGGACACAUUAUAGAUCAACUACAGCAGCAAUCCUCAAAUGGAGGGAAAAAAUUAAUUACUUUCAUGACCUGAAAUCAACCCUAUCGGCUCAAGCUGUCAAUAAACAGUUGGCUUCCUGCUAAGCACAGACCAGAACCAGCCCUGUAGAAAAUGAGCUGUUCCUGGGAAGCCCCAGGAACACAAUGCAGCCAGCUGUAUCCGUAACACACUCCAAGGAAACAAUUUCCGCCACAGGCAGCACAGGGUCCUUGUGCCAGAGGAUGCUUCAGAGCUGGAGCUUCUACUGACCAGCUUGAACCUCAUGGCACAGCACCAGGUCCAAAUGAACUAUUGUGCACUGGCAACCAGUGCCCCCAGUAUUUCCAGUUCCUCAAACCGGGCUACAAUAAUGAUGGCUUAUGGAACCUUAAUUACGAGCUGGAGGAAGGACAAUUCCACUCUUCGGUAGCAGUAACAGGAUUUCAGAACGAAGUAGGAAUUCUGUUAACUGGAAAUGCAGUGUGGUCAUGCAGGCUGCAAGGUGAGGGGGUUUCCAGCUGAGUGCUGCCGAUCCCAUCUGCAAACAACUUGGCUCCACAGCUGCAAAUUAGUUCCUCUCUGCCCCCAGUUCUCCGAAACAGUUAACUUGUGUCUGUGAGACCAUCCUAUCUCCCAGCCUGUUCAACAAUAGAUCCAGCUAAACAAAUGCCUCCUAAUUGACUUUAAGCAACACUUGAUUGCUUUUACAAAAAACAAAAGAGAGGAAAACAUUAGGGUUUAUGAAAUAAUGACUAAUCCUGGAGCAAGAGAAAGGGGAUGGGUUGGAACACUGGUGUCAAACAGAGAUUCAAUCUUGGCUGAAAGAGCCCCAAGACACAUGGGCCAAGUCAUUCAUCCCUCCCCAACUGCCCUCAUUUCCACACCUGCUGAUCUAAGCCAAACCCCUGCUAAAAUACAAACAAUUGGGGCCGCUGGCAAAUGAAAAUUGGAGCAUUGUCUUCCCCAUGAGGGCUCUGAAAGGGCUGAACUUAAUGAGGAUGGAUUGACAAAGAGGUGGCUGGUAGGCUAUAAAAGGCAUUCCACAGUCAGGAGCAGCUCAGUCUGGGGUGCGCUGUCGGUUCACUUGCUCCAAGCAUGGUCACAUCCCCUCGCAGGCACCCCUCGAGGUCGGGUGGCCCUUGGCUACUGGGUCUCCUGGCACGCCUGCUGCUCUGGGGCUCUCCAGGUGCCUGGGCCAGCUACCUGAGGAGAUCCUCCAGCUGCAUGCCCAUCCCACACCGCAUGGCCCUGUGCUACGAUAUCGGCUACUCCGAGAUGAGGAUUCCCAACCUGCUGGAGCAUGAGACCAUGACAGAAGUCAUCCAGCAGUCUUCCAGCUGGCUGCCCUUGCUGGCCAGGGAAUGUCACCCAGAUGCUAGGAUUUUCCUCUGCUCCCUGUUUGCACCGAUCUGCUUGGACAGGCUCAUCUAUCCCUGCCGCAGCCUCUGUGAGGCCGUCAAGAGAAGCUGUGCGCCCGUCAUGGCUUGUUACGGCUACCCCUGGCCAGAAAUCCUGAACUGCAACAAGUUCCCUGCAGAUCAUGAACUGUGCAUUGCAGCAGUCUCCGUGGAUGAAAAUUCCUCAAGCAGGAGAACAGUGCCCCGAGCCAGCUGCAAGGACUGUGAGCUUGAGGAGGCCAGCACUGCCAGGGAGAUCCUAGAAAGCCUCUGUGCAAAUGAUUUUGCAGUGAAAAUCCGAAUCCUGAGGAAGAACACAACCACCACAAUCUCGGACUUUGACCUGGACCCCUCCAAGGUGGAGGUGCUGAAGCAUGGCCCGCUCCUCAGAACUGAAAUCCCUGCCAGGCUCCAGCAGUGGCUGGACAUAGAUGCCACGUGUGCCCACAACAUCAUGAGAGGCACUCAGGCAGGGGUCUUUGUUGUAAGUGGUGAAGUACAGAGUGACAAAGUGGUGGUGAACAAGGCCUAUGCCUGGCAGAAGAGGAACAGGAACCUGCACCAGGCAGUGCGGAGGUGGAAACAUCACCGCUGCCCCGAACAGGCAGGAUGGAAGGUCUGAAAAAUCUCAAUUCCAGCAAUAAGAAACUGCUCCCUUCCCUAUGGCUAGAAAACUCCUUUCCCUGGCAGUUGGUGUUUUGGAGAUGUACAUAUUUCUAGGUGAUUUGAAGCAGUCAUAGUGCACAGUUAGGGCUUCACUACAGAUCACUGUUUUACCAAGACAGAGCUUAAGGAUGCAGGUUUAACAUGUUCCUCUCACAAGGCUCUGCAGAUCCAGGACGUGCUAAGUUCAGCUUUGCGUAGGAUCCAACAUCACAACCAAACUUAACUAUGCAGGUGAGGACAAAAUAGAAGAAACCUUUAAUAACAGUUCCCUCUAGUUCUCAUUAUCAGAGCUGGUAUUUCAGACUCAUUAUUUGACCCUGAGACAUCGAAGCUGCAAAAGUGCCUGCUUGCUUUCUGUGCAGAGAUUACAUGAAAGUCUCCCUGACUGUGAAGUGAUACUUUUUAUGUAAUGGAGCAAAGACUAUACUCUUGAACAGUCUGAGGUAAACUAACGGGGAGAGGAACCCACCUCAGCUGUGCCCAGCCCCUUAAAACUGCAUUCUGAACUCUGCUCUAGUCAGGCUGUCCCUUCAGCUUCCUGCACCGAGAGUUGACGAGCAUCCACACACGCAAAAGGAAACAGCCAUUCUCAAGCAGGAAAGGCACAGAGCAGACAGCUGAGGAUUUCUACAUAACAGGAAAAACUACUCUUCAACAUCAGAAAUUCAGUGUGGAUCAGAAGAUUCUGGUAACUGGGAGUAUCACAAGAACCUUAUGAAAAACAGAGCAUGAAUGCGACAUCAGCUUGGGUGAACAGCAAGCAGUUUUGCUUGGGACUAAGGGUGAGUCCCAGCCCCAGCAUAGUAGGAUAUUGCAGUUUUGAUAUGGAAGCAGGGGAGAAACCUUUUACAGCUGCCUGGCCUUACACCUGUACACGAGGAAGAUAGAAAAUACGGGAAAUCUCAGUAUCACCAAGUUCUCUGCAUCUCACUCUCUCAUUCAAGCAGGACUGUCACUCCCUGCAGGGGUACACACUGUGCUCCAGACCACAGAGCAGAAAACAGCAAAUCCCCAAAUGAGGAAACAAGUCGGAUUUCUACUGCCUAACAAAGCACUGUCCAUGGAAAGUUUUCUAUAUUGGU